AUGAUCCUGACAGAUGAUAAACAGUUGGAGGCCUUGGCGGCGAGAAGAGUAGCUGAGGAGCAGGAGCAGGAGCCGCCUCCAACAUAUGCAUCUUUGCAAGCGUCAUCGAGCGCGGUGCCUGUUGCCAAGGCGGUCAACUACGUCGCGAUCAGCCGCCAGCACAGCUCGGUGAGAGAGACGCUCGUGAUCGAUGCGUCUCUGUUCAUCCCUCUGUUCCUUCGGCCGUCUCUUCCCCCAGGAGAGAAAGCGGAGACACAGAAGAACGUGAAGCUGGAGUCGACGCACGGGCAUGUAUACGCGGACAUCACGCUGGUGGGGAACAGGAAGAACACACGUGCGGUGAUGCAGAUGAAGUCGACGCACGGCGGGAUCACUGCAAAGAUCCACGGACCUCCGACCCGCAGUGCCUUUGUGCUUCAUGCACAGGCGCUGAACGGUGAGGUGCGCUUGCACAUCCCCCGCAAUUUCCACGGGCCGGUCGUCAUCUCGCACCGACACGGCUCCGUGCGUUUCUCCGACGACAUCAGUUGUGAGCUCAUGACCUUUGGCGAAGUUGACUCUACCCGGCGAUGCUUCUUGGGGGACUUCUCUCGGUGGUCGGACAACAGUGGAGGCUGGACGGGGGACGAGUUGGUUGUAGAGGUGAAGCAUGGGGACGUGAAGAUACAUUAUGACGACGAUGUGCUUGGAGCGCCUGUCAAGACCCGCCCUAGCGCGCUCUUAAACAGGAUCUUCGGGUUCUGA